AUGCUCUGCUUCUUUUCUCAGCAGAAUCUCGCAAAACCCAAACUAUUUGAUACAGAAUCUAACGCUGAUGACGGUGCAGAACACGAAAACUACGGGGAUAAGGUCGAUGCGCGAGAUAUCCCUCUGUUAUAUCUCGAGACGAAGAUUCAAAACGCUCCUGUGGGGUUACCUCAAAGACAAGAAGCUCAGAAGAAUCUGCUUGAGGAAAUAAAUCACAGGAAACAAAUCGAUCAGAACAUUGUAGAGAUUCUUAGACUUUCACUCAAACAAACCGAUGUCUUAGAUCUCUUAACUUCCACAAGAACAACAGGACAACCUGUUGUAGAUGAUUGGGACUGCUACAAGACUCUGGUUAAAAGUUUCAAGAAUCAAUGUGGAGCAAAGAUGGAAUACGAUAUGAUGUAUGCAAGAGCACUUGCCAAUAUCUGCAAUAUGGGAGUGGAUGUGAAGGAAAGUGUUGCAGCUAUUGAAGAACCUUGUGCCCAUUAA